AUGACGUAGGGGGCACCAUCGACCCACGUUGGCGCCAAAAUAGCAGCACGACGCCGGUGCGGUGGGAGGAAGGAACAGGACACGGGAGGUGACGACCACGACGACGACGACUUGAAGCGCGCAUUUUUACCUCAGCGAUGGCGUCAACCGCGGAAAAUCGUCUUAACGGCGAACAGGCCACCGACUCUCCGGCGUCCAAGCGGCCCCGUCCCAGCCUGGGCAACAAGAUCACGGUGGUGCUGGGCGCGCAGUGGGGCGAUGAGGGCAAGGGCAAAGUGGUGGACAUGCUGGCCACGACGGCCGACCUCGUGUGCCGCUGUCAAGGAGGAAACAAUGCGGGGCACACAGUCGUCGUGGACUCGGUGGAGUACGACUUCCACUUGUUGCCCAGUGGCAUCAUCAACAGGAAUGCCACCUCCUACAUAGGAAAUGGUGUUGUCAUCCAUCUCCCUGGCUUGUUUGAAGAGGCAGAGAAAAAUGAGAAAAAAGGUCUCAAAGACUGGGAUAAAAGGCUUGUCAUUUCGGACAGGGCCCACAUUGUGUUUGAUUUUCACCAGGAUGUGGAUGGCCUACAGGAAGUACAACGCCAAUCGGAGGCUGGAAAAAACCUGGGCACCACCAAAAAAGGCAUCGGGCCAGUGUACUCGGCCAAGGCUUCCCGCAGCGGCCUUCGCAUCUGUGAUCUUCUGGCAGAUUUUACUUAUUUUUCUGAACGGUUUAAGGGCCUGGCACGGCACUACCAGACAAUGUACCCUUCUCUGCAAAUAGACACAGAGGACCAGCUGAAGAAGCUCAAGGUGUAUGCGGACCGCAUCCGGCCCAUGGUGAAAGAUGGGGUGUACUUUAUGUAUGAAGCACUGCACGGAGAGCCCAAGAAGAUCCUGGUGGAGGGCGCCAAUGCUGCCCUUCUCGACAUUGACUUUGGCACGUACCCCUUCGUGACAUCAUCCAACUGCACGGUAGGCGGCGUGCUCACGGGGCUCGGCGUGCCGCCCCAGAACGUGGGCGAGGUCUACGGCGUGGUGAAGGCUUACACCACCCGCGUCGGCGUUGGCGCAUUCCCCACCGAGCAGACAAAUGACGUGGGCGAGUUGCUGCAGACGCGCGGCCGGGAGGUUGGCGUGACAACGGGUAGAAAGCGACGCUGCGGCUGGCUGGACCUGGUGCUCCUGCGCUAUGCCCACAUGAUCAACGGCUUUACCGCGCUGGCUCUGACCAAGCUGGAUAUCCUGGAUGUUUUCAGCGAAAUUAAAGUCGGCAUCUCAUACAAAAUUGACGAUAAACCCAUUCCUUAUUUCCCUGCCAACCAGGAGGUGUUAAACAAGGUGGAGGUGGAGUACAAGACGCUGCCGGGCUGGAACACGUCUACAGCGGACGCACGCACCUUCGAGGAGCUCCCGGCGGCCGCCCAGAGCUACGUGCGAUUCAUCGAGAACCAGCUCAGCGUGCCCAUUAAAUGGAUCGGCGUGGGGAAGGCGAGGGAGUCGAUGAUCCGUCUGUUCUGAGGAGGUGGCGCUGCAAGCUGCUCCGUGCAGAUGCGUGCAGCUGGUUGUAGCUGGGACACGCGGUGCAGCCACGGUGCAGCGAAUGGUGGUCGGGUUGGCCAGCAAUGCAUGCGACUGCACGUCUUCACAUUUACAGGUGUUGACAGAGCAUUGAGGAGUUUAACGCUUGGGUUUUUGCAUUUGUUGCUGUACAGUGAUGUUAAUACGAUGUCAACGUUGUGAUUUCAAUCGUGGCUGCAUUUGCAGUGUGCCUAAAUAAUACUGGCUACAGAGAUGUGGACAUUUUGCUAUUAUGCUGCUACAUUUUAGUCAAAAUGUUUUAAACGCACAAGGAAAUUUCGGAAGUAAAUUAACACGUAAUCCCUUAAGUUGUAAAUGAAAAAUGCCUUUUAGUUUUAAAGUUAAAUUUUAAUCCUGUACAGUUUCUCUUUGUCAAUAUUUUGCCAGUCUAUAUAAAGCCAAGUCUUGAAGUGGGUGGUUCUUGCCUUACGUGACUUUAAUGCUUCAAGAUCUUAUUAUGUCCAAGCUUGCAUUUGCAGACAUUUGUAUUCAUGCAGCAAAAUAGAUUUUUGUUUAACCAAGAAGGAAAUAUAGCACUUGCGGUUGUAAGUUAUAUCAUACAUAAACUUCAGCAAUUCAUCAGUUGCUAAAUGCCAUCUAUGUGUUUGUAAACAUACUGUUUGCGGGACUUUAAAAAACACCAUAAAGUACACUGCUUGUUUUGGGACCAGGCCCUUCAGACCUUGACAGUCCUGCAUUUCUCACUCACUGCUGUAUUUGUUAAAAUUGUGUUACCUUGCACAUUGAUGCAGCAACUAACAUUUGUGCGCUUGUAAAUUUUUUCAAACUUUUCCUCAUUAAUGAGCAAGUUUUUUGAUCACAGGUAACUUGGAGGCAUUGGUGGUGAUCUGUAUUGUUUGGCUUGAGUGGUGACACCUGUAGCACUGGGAAUGAAUUAUACCUGAACAGUAAAACGUUUGUGCUCUUCCUUUA